GGCCAAAGUCACCGAUUCAGUGCAACUUUCCAGGGCCAAUAUUGUUUCAUAUCAUGUUAGAAAAGGCGAACUCGGCAUCUGGAAUGGCUGUGCAUGAUGAAUGUAAGCUGAAAUUUUUGGAGCUAAAAGCAAAGAGGAACUACCGGUUCAUCGUUUUCAAGAUUCAGGACCAACAGGUGGUGGUAGACAAGGUCGGCAGCCCUCAAGAAACCUAUGAUGAUUUCCAGGCUUCUCUGCCAGCCGAUGAGUGCCGCUAUGCUGUCUUUGAUUUUGAUUUCAUUACUAGUGAGAACUGUCAGAAAAGCAAAAUUUUCUUCAUUGCAUGGUCUCCCGAUACAUCAAAGGUGAGAAGUAAGAUGGUGUAUGCCAGCUCUAAAGACAGAUUCAAGAGGGAAUUGGAUGGCAUUCAAGUGGAGUUGCAGGCAACAGAUCCUAGUGAAAUGAGCUUUGACAUUAUAAAAGGCCGGGCGCUGUAAACGCUACUCCUGCGUUUCUAUUCUCCAAACAUUCACCCAGUCCUGAGCAUUACGUUUUGUGAGCAUUGUUUAUUUGUACUUUUAAGAAAUUUUCCUCUUAAACAUUUUCAUUUUUUGCUGUGUGGGUUUUACAAUUUGACUGUGUAGUUUGAAUGUACUAAUAUUAUCCAUCCCUCUUAUGCUAAAUACUUUUU